GCCUGGUCACACUGCUCUAGUGACGCAUGCGUUUCAAGCGGUUUUUUUCUGGCAGAAUAUCUGGCUUUUUUGCAUGUUGCAUUUGCAACUGAAGUUUUUGCAGAAACCGAAGCGUGAAAACCCACGAAAAGCGAACUAAUCGAGAGGAAAAUCAACUGAAAGUCGGUGAAGAGAACGCACGUUGAUCGUAGUUACCUUUUUCCCGAAAUUUUCUGCAAGAAAAGCCCGUGAGUGCGUGUGAGUGUGACUGUCUCUCUCUCUCUCUCUCGCUCGCUCGCUCUUCCUUAUUUUUUUUGUCCAUGCGUGUGUGUGUGGUCGCAUAAAUUUACCGAUAUUUCGCCUGUGAGAGCGAAACGGGUGAAAGAAAAAAGAAGAGGCGAAGAAGAAGCGAAAAACAGCAGCACUUUCGUUGAAAUAUUGGGCAAAAAACGCAAACCAAGCAAGAACAACAAAAUAGCUGGGCGAAAACAGGACGCACAACCGAAAACUAAAAACGAAAGAGAGGCGCAAAGCAGAGAGCGAAAUCCACAACAGCAACAACAACAGCUACUACGACGACAACAACAACAGCAGCAGCCGCCACAAUGAGCAAACACUUUGAUCUUCCGUUGACCAUUGACCCAGAGCAUGAGUUGCGUUUCGUGGGUCCCUUCAACCGCCCCGUCGUCACAAUCAUGACUCUGCGCAACAACUCAUCUCUGCCCCUGGUCUUCAAGAUCAAGACAACCGCCCCGAAGCGCUACUGCGUACGUCCAAACAUCGGCAAGAUUAUGCCCUUUCGAACGACUCAGGUGGAGAUCUGCCUGCAGCCAUUCAUCUAUGAUCAGCAGGAGAAGAACAAGCACAAGUUCAUGGUGCAGAGCGUCCUGGCACCCGUGGAUGCUGAUCUGAACGAUUUGAAUAAGUUGUGGAAGGAGCUGGAGCCGGAGCAGCUGAUGGACGCCAAGCUGAAGUGCGUGUUCGAGAUGCCCAGCUCCGAGGCGAACGCGGAGAGCACCAGCGGCGGCGGGGCCAGCGGCGUCGGAAGCGGAAGUGCCGGCGGCGGAAGUGUGGGCGCCAACACUAGCUCAGCCAGUGCCGAGGCGCUCGAGAACAAGCCGCAGCUCUCCGGCGAGGAUAAGUUGGUGGUUCCCCAAAUGCAGCCCCCAAUUCCGGCCGAUACAGCAGAGUACGUGGAGUCGCUGACCGGAGAGAUCAACUCACUGCGUGAGACAAACAGAGAACUGCGCAAAGAAGUUCUGCAGUUGAAGGAUCAAAUCACACGCUACCGCAGCUCGCCGGCCGUCAAGCAGGUGAACGAGCCCUAUGCCCCAGUUCUGGCUGAGAAGCAGAUUCCGGUCUUUUACAUUGCAAUUGCCAUUGCUGCGGCCAUCUUCAGCCUCCUGCUGGGCAAAUUUUUUCUCUGAAUGCCAUAAACGAACGCCAGCAAGCAUGCGAUAUGCAACGUGCAGCAGCAGCAGCAGCAGCAGAAGCAACAACAUCAGCAACAGCAACCACAGCGGCAAACACCAUCAAACAGCAACUAACAACAACAUCAACCACAACGAAAGAACAACUAGAACAACAACAUCAGCAGCCGCAGCAGAAGCAGAAUCAGAAGCAGUAGCAUUGAAACCACCAUCGGCAAAGGAAGCGAACCUUGGAGGAGAAAGUGUAAAGCUGACAAAAUCCAAAACAAAAAAAGAGAAAGUCAAGAACAGCAGAGAAGUGGAAAAACUCUAUAGGCGAAGACGUAAAAAGUGCUUGAGAGAAAAUCUCACAAGGAAAAUAUUUAAUGUUCACUUCUAUAUAGAUCCCAUACGUAUAUUGCUCAGAUUUUCGAUUGCAUUUCCUUUCGCUAUGAUUAAUUUGUAAGCAUUAUAGUUUUUAAUGUUCGGAACCCUACGAUUUUUUUUUAUUCGUUUUCGAUGGCAUUUUAAGCGGCUAAAGUGAAGUUCUUCAAAGAUCUUACCAAAAUUACAAUUAAAUAGAACCUAUCAUACCUUUUCGACGAGCAUACAAAAUAUAUAAAAAAGAGAAAACACAAACCUGUUACUUAAGUGUGAGAAUAAAAUUCAGUUUUAAUAUUUUUUUGUUUGAAUCCCAACUUUUUUUUUUUGUUGUUCAACCACCGGUCUUGGUGAUGUAAAAUUUGAAUCGAAAAAAAAAAGAAAAAACAUGAGCAAAAUGCAAAACAAGCAAAAAAGCGAAAAAGAGGAGCACUUGUGUGGAAAACCAAUCAAUGAAAAGCUUCAAAAACCAAGAAAACAUAAAAUGCUCUGCAAGGCCGACGCGCUCUCUAAGGGAAAGUUGCUUCACCCCUCCUCGUCCCAUCUCUCUUUCUCACCGUCUGUCUGUCCCCCUCUAAGUCCGCGCGGGAACUAUGCAUAUAUAUAUAAAUAUUUAUAUAGAAUCAUUAUUGUUUUUGGUUGGCAUUUGCAUUUACUAAGUUUCGUUUUAGUCAUUUCGGUGGUAGCAUUGCCACAGCCACAGCCACACACUACACACACCACUCACUGAACGCUAUAUAUAAAUAUUAUACGAAUAUAAUGAAUUUCUAUAAGCAAACCUUUAUGUAAUUUGUGUUGUUUGCCCAGGCAGGAAUUGAGAAGUUCCCGGGCCUAGAGAAAAAUGCAUAAACUAUAUCUGAAACGAUAUAUAUAAGAGAGAGAAAUCAAUCAGCUUAUGAGAACCACAACACACACAUUUGACACAGGCAACACACACAUCCCUAGACAUAUUAGAUCCUCACCUACCGCCCCCCAAAAACUACUCGCUUUGGACUUGUAAUAACCGGGUACUAACUGGCGUUGCAACUUGUUUUAGACCAUCCCUUCGUUUUCCCGCCCCUCCACAUAUUUUACUGACCUUGUUUGUGGUUACGACCUUUUUUUUAAGCCAUAGUUUGCAAAGCAUUGACAAGGGGUAUAUAGAUUUAUACAAGAAAAUAUAUAUUCGCCGACAUGCAUGAUCGCUGUAUCUGUAUUUUCAUGGGCAUGUGGACAACAACUCGUAUUUAAAUGUUUAACUAGAAAUACAGAAAACAAAAGGGAAAACCUAAAAUUAAAUUAAAGAGAAGAAAGGAGAAGUGAAAAUAAAAGCAAAUGAUAAAGACAGGCAAAUCAUAAGCAAAAUGUACUUGAUGUCAGCUGUAGCAAAAACAAAACACAAUAUAUAUGAGCAUAAUAAUACAAUUACACUUACAAUAAUAAUAAAAUGUGGAAACGGAACCUAACAUUCGACAAUUGUUUCGAUACGUUCAACAUUCAGUGGCAUUAUUUAAUUGAAAUCAAUUCAACACACUCUACACUCACACCCAAAGGAGUCUCCUCGCAAAGGGCCGCAAAAUCAAAGGAUGGCAUAGAAGUCGCCGGUGAAAGCGAUGGGAAAAGAUGAUCACAACACACAUACAUACACACACACACACACGAGAAAAACAAUUAUAAUAAUUACAGCAUGAAUCUUAAAAACUAAGUGUUUUUUUCUCAAAGGAAAAAUAAAAUGAAACAUUGUUAAUUAAACAUCAAAUAUCAUUUGAAAUAAAUUUAAAUAAAACGAAAGACGGUUGGUGGGCUGAUGGUUUUCUAUGUCCCAGCUGGCAGGAUGAUAUACAUGUAUGUAAAUUAACCCACGAAGAUCAUUAGUAUUUGCGAAUAAAACAUUCAAAGCAUA